AUGACCGUUGAUGAUCCACUCGUAGUCUGGAAAUUGACCUUCGACAACGUGCACAAGGGUGGGGAGGAUUCGAUCCAAGUAACCUUCAUUGGCGUCGUCAUGGUCAAACUCCACGUCGAAGAAUGGGGAUCGAAGAUGUGGAUGUCUCCAAAUCAGCUUGUGCGUGUGUCAUUCCUUGCUUCUCUUAGAAGUCGUUCUGAAUAUUGCCUUCUACAGGUGAGAGCUCGGAACUCAACGGCUUACUACAGUUGUGAUGACCACUUCGUUAUUGUUGAUAAAGCUGUAGACUGUGGCAAUAGAGAAGCAUCAUUGAUUCUUAGUCAGGCAUCCUCUGGCCUCAAGUCUAAGAAACAAUUAAGGAUAAAUUCAUCUUCCUGCUUGCAAGGUAAUUUGACUGAUUGCAGGAAGAAUGUUGCAAAGGAUAGUUUUGUAAGAUUGUAUUUGAGGUCUCUUUCAACAGUAUUGUUGUCUAUUUUCCUAAAAAUAUUAUGCUUCUUUCCAAUAUUAAGUUAUACACACAAAAAAGACUUGGAAAGCAUUCAUCCUCCAUGCAUGUAUAGUCCUGCUUCCAGUCCCCAUCCAUCAGUGGAAGUUAUCAAGGAAGAUACUACAAAUCUGUGUCUAAAGCUUCAAAGACUUGAGAUACUUUAUAGUGAGAUUAGCAGCAUGCCAGCACAGAUGCCUAUGGAGAAAGAGCUAAUUCUUCAGCAAUCUUGGCAGAGAAUAAAACUUGUUGAACAUGAACUUGAGAAGACCAAAAAAGUACUACAUGCUACAAUUGCAAAGCAAAUGCAGAUUGCAGAACUAUUGGAAGCUUUACAGAAUAAGCAAUGGAGAAGACGACUGUGUUAAAAUGGAGAUGAAGGAAACUUGAUUGCAACUGUGCUUAUGCGGAUGCUGGCUGCUGAGUUUGACACUCUAUUCCAGUACUUUAUGUAUUGAUUUGUAAAUGACAAAAGUAGGGCAUAAUGUUUUCACUUGAAUUGAUGCAAAUUCAAUUAUUAUCCUUGAUAAGUGUGUUGAAGUUGCAGUAAUGCUGUAUUUUUCUUAUAAGAAGUCAGUUUGACUUGUACGCAA